GCCGGACACUAAACACCUCAAACAUCUGUUGGAGGACUUCAUCUAGGAGGCUUUCUGCUGCUCCUUUUAUUAUUAGAACUAAUGCAUCAAGGACAGAACAAACAAGGCUUCUGUUGAGAAAGAAACGUGUUGACCCGUCAACAUGCCGAGUGGAUCAGUGAGACUGCAGAGCAUCAAGAAACUGGGACAAGAAAAUCACAGCUACGAGUUCUCAGACGAAGAAGCAGCCGGAUCCAAUGCGACCACAACAACUAACAAGGAUGACAAGAAUAAAGGAGAUAAAGAGCAGCCGGCCAUCAGAGUCGGCUUCUUCCAGCUGUUCCGGUUCGCCUCCUGCAGCGAGGUGCUGAUGAUGGCGGUGGGCAGCGUCUGUGCGGUUCUCCACGGCUCGGCUCAGCCUCUGAUGCUGCUGGUGUUCGGGCUGCUCACCGACACCUUCAUCGAGUACGACAUCGAGCUCAACGAGCUGAGCGACGACAGGAAGGAGUGCUUCAACAACACCAUCCAGUGGAAGAGGAACUACAGCGACUACGACUUCUCCACCAACCAGACCUGGGAGAUGCUGGUCCCGCUCAGGAACAGGACCUGUGGAAUUCUGGACAUUGAAUAUGAAAUGACCUUGUUUGCUCUAUAUUACGUUGGAAUUGCAUUAGCCGUCUUCUUGCUGGGAUACUUUCAGAUCUCUCUGUGGGUGACGUCAGCGGCGCGUCAGAUCCAGCUGAUCCGGCGGAUGUACUUUGGUAAAGUGAUGCGGAUGGAGAUCGGCUGGUUCGACUGCACCUCCGUCGGAGAACUCAACACUCGCAUGUCAGACGACAUCAACAAGAUCAACGACGCCAUCGCGGACCAGGUGGCCAUCUUCCUGCAGCGCUUCACCACCUUCGUGUGCGGUUUCUGCAUCGGCUUCGUCAAAGGAUGGAAGCUCACCCUCGUCAUCGUCGCUGCCAGUCCUCUGAUCGGGAUCGGAGCCGGACUCAUGGCUCUGUUUGUGUCUAAGCUAACGGGCUUGGAGCUGCAGGCGUACGCUAAAGCUGGAGCUGUAGCAGACGAGGUGCUCUCCUCCAUCAGGACCGUCGCUGCUUUCGGUGGAGAGAGGAAAGAAGUCCAGAGGUACGACCGUAACCUGAUCUCAGCCCAGCGUUGGGGCAUCAGGAAGGGUCUGAUCAUGGGUUUCUUCACCGGCUUCAUGUGGAUGGUGAUCUUCCUGUGCUACGGUCUGGCCUUCUGGUACGGAUCCGGCCUGGUGGUGGACACCGAGGAGUACACACCGGGAACCCUGCUGCAGGUGUUCUUCGGGGUCCUGAUAGCAGCCAUGAACCUGGGCCAGGCCUCUCCGUGUCUGGAGGCGUUCGCUGCCGGCCGCGGAGCUGCAACCAUCAUCUUUGAGACUAUUGAGAGAGAACCGGAGAUCGACUGUCUGUCUGAGGCUGGGUAUAAACUCGACAGGGUCAAAGGAGAUAUCGAGUUCCACAACGUGACCUUCUACUACCCCUCCAGACCCGAAGUCAAGAUCCUGGACCAGCUCAGUGUUGCGGUGAAGUCCGGGGAGACCACGGCCUUCGUGGGCCCGAGUGGCGCCGGGAAGAGCACCGCCGUCCAGCUGAUCCAGCGGUUCUACGACCCGAAGGAGGGCAUGGUGACCCUGGACGGCCAUGACAUCAGAGGGCUGAACAUCCAAUGGCUGCGCUCUCUGAUUGGCAUCGUGGAGCAGGAGCCCGUGCUGUUCGCCACCACCAUCGCAGAGAACAUCCGCUACGGCCGGCCCGGCGUCUCCAUGGAUGACAUCAUCAGCGCCGCCAAGGAGGCCAACGCCUACAACUUCAUCAUGGACCUGCCGCAGAAAUUCGACACCCUGGUUGGAGAGGGCGGAGGGCAGAUGAGCGGCGGGCAGAAGCAGCGUAUCGCCAUCGCCAGGGCGCUGGUCAGGAAACCUCGCAUCCUGCUGCUGGACAUGGCGACCUCGGCCCUCGACAACGAGAGCGAGGCCACGGUUCAAGAAGCUCUGGAUAAAGUCCGGAUGGGUCGCACCACCAUCUCCAUCGCUCACCGGCUCUCCACCAUCAAGAACGCCGAUGUGAUUGUGGGAUUCGAGCACGGCCGAGCGGUGGAGAAAGGAAAACACGACGAGUUACUGGAGAGGAAAGGAGUCUACUUCACUCUGGUCACCCUGCAGAGCCAAGGGGACAAGGCUCUCAACGAGAAGGCUCGGGAAAUGGCUGACAACGAAGAGCAGCCGGAGAAGUUGAAUCUGUCCCGAGCAGGAAGCUACCGCGCCAGCCUCAGAGCCUCGAUCCGCCAGCGGUCCAGGUCUCAGAUGUCCAACCUGAUCCCAGAGUCUUCUGUGGGGAUCGCUGGAGAGCUCGGCCCCAGAGCGUACUCCGUGUCUCACGUAGAUAAAUCUCAGGUGAAGCUCCCGCAGGAGGAGGAGGAGGAGGAGCAGGUGGAGCCGGCUCCCAUCACCAGGAUCCUGAAGUACAACGUUCCCGAGUGGCCGUACAUGCUGUUUGGAUCGUUCGGAGCCGCUUUAAACGGAGGAAUCAACCCCGUCUACUCUCUGCUCUUCAGCCAGAUCCUGGCGACGUUCUCGAUAACAGAUCCCGUGGCUCAGAGGACGGAGAUCGAUGGCAUCUGUCUGUUCUUCGUCAUGGUCGGCGUGGUCUCCUUCUUCACUCAGAUGCUGCAGGGUUAUGCUUUCUCCAAGUCUGGCGAGCUGCUGACCCGCAGGUUACGGCGUCUGGGCUUCCACGCCAUGCUGGGCCAAGAGAUCGGCUGGUUCGACGACCACCGGAACAGCCCCGGGGCGCUGACCACACGCCUCGCCACCGACGCCUCGCAGGUCCAAGGGGCGACGGGUUCUCAGAUCGGCAUGAUCGUGAACUCUCUGACCAACAUCGGCGUGGCCAUCCUGAUGUCCUUCUACUUCAGCUGGAAGCUCACCAUGCUCAUCCUCUGCUUCCUGCCCUUCCUCGCUCUGUCCGGAGGCUUCCAGGCCAAGAUGCUCACCGGCUUCGCCAAGCAGGACAAGCUCGCCAUGGAGGCCGCCGGACGGAUUUCUGGCGAGGCUCUGAACAACAUCCGGACCAUCGCGGGUCUGGGGAAGGAGAAGGUGUUUGUGGAGAUGUACGAGGCCCAGCUGGACGCUCCGUACCAGGCCGCCCUGAAGAAGGCCAAGGUCUACGGCGCCUGCUACGGCUUCGCCCAGUGCAUCGUCUUCCUCACCAACUCCGCCUCCUACAGGUUCGGAGGCUACCUGGUGAAGCAGGAGGGGCUCCACUUCAGCCUCGUCUUCAGGGUGAUCUCGGCCAUCGUGACGAGCGGCACGGCGCUGGGCAGAGCGUCCUCGUACACGCCGGACUACGCCAAGGCCAAGAUCUCUGCAGCGCGGUUCUUCCAGCUGCUGGACCGCGUCCCUCUCAUCAGCGUCUACAGCGACAAGGGAGAUAAAUGGGAGAACUUCCAGGGGAACAUCGAGUUCAUCGACUGUAAGUUCACCUACCCGACCCGGCCGGACAUCCAGGUCCUGAACGGGCUGAAUGUGUCGGUGAAGCCCGGCCAGACGCUGGCCUUCGUGGGCAGCAGCGGCUGUGGGAAGAGCACCAGCGUCCAGCUGCUGGAGAGGUUCUAUGAUCCCGACCACGGCACCGUGCUGAUCGACGGCCACGCCUCCACCGGGGUCAGCGUGUCCUUCCUGCGCUCUAAGAUCGGCAUCGUGUCCCAGGAGCCCGUCCUGUUCGACUGCAGCAUCCAGGACAACAUCAGGUACGGAGACAACUCACGGGAGAUCAGCAUGAACGACGUCAUCUCCGCCGCCAAGAAGGCCCAGCUGCACGACUUCGUCAUGUCGCUGCCAGAGAAAUACGAGACCAACGUGGGCGCCCAGGGCUCCCAGCUGUCCCGCGGCCAGAAGCAGCGCAUCGCCAUCGCCAGGGCGAUCAUCCGCGACCCCAAGAUCCUGCUGCUGGACGAGGCCACGUCCGCCCUGGACACCGAGAGCGAGAAGACGGUGCAGGAGGCCCUGGAUAAGGCCCGAGAGGGCCGCACCUGCAUCGUGAUCGCCCACCGGCUCUCCACCAUCCAGAACUCUGACAUCAUCGCCGUCAUGUCCCGCGGCUUCCUGAUGGAGAAGGGGACCCACGACCAGCUGAUGGCCCUGAAGGGGGCCUACUACAAGCUGGUCACCACCGGGGCCCCCAUCAGCUAACUGGUGAUCACCGGGGCCCCCAUCAGCUAACUGGUGACCACCGCCCAUCAGCUAACUGGUGACCACCGGGGCACCAUCAGCUAACUGGUACCACCGGGGCCCCCAUCAGCUAACUGGUGACCACC